UGAAGGAAGAGGAAGAGUAGGAGAAGGAAGAGUAAGAGGAGGAGGAGAAGGAAGAGUAAGAAGAGGAGGAGGAGGAGGAGGAGAGGGGAUGAUCGAGGCCCCCUGGAGAACGUGGCUGUUACUGCUCCUGUUCCUGGCUACGUCUACCCCUUCGUCAGCAGCCGAGACCCAAGGUGAGUCUCCGCCCGCCAGCACCACCGCCACCCCCCACGUGCUCCCUCCUGCCGAAGAAAUCCUGGGCAGGGAGGAAAUUAGUUACAGCACCAGCGGCCUCCAGGAAGACUCCCCGCUCCUGCUGGAUGACGUGGAUGACUUCUUGCCGCCCCUAAGCUUCACGGACACGCCCCAGGAAGUCCAGAGUCCGUUAGGGUGUUCCUCGCCGCUGGGGAUGACAACAGGUGAUGUGUUGGACUGGCAGAUAUCAGCUUCGUCAUCCUACCCUUCGUCGUGGGACCCCGGCUGCCACGUCAAGUACGCCCGCCUUCACCAGCCCAACGGGAGGGCCUGGUGCGCCGGCAGGAAGGCAGCUGGGGAGUGGGUGCUCGUCGAUCUGGGCGUCCCAGCCAAGGUCACGGGCCUCCUGACACAAGGGAAGGGGGACGACGAAGAGUGGGUCACGUCCUACGAGGUGUCCUACUCCCUGGACGCCUAUCACUGGCACUACGCCCGUGACAUCUACAACAACAAAAAGGUGUUCCAGGCUAACGUCAACUCACACCAGACGAGGCACAACUUCGUGGAGCCGCCCGUGUUGGGUCGCUUCGUUAGGGUCCACGUAUUAGACUGGCAUUCACACCCUUCCCUCCGCUUCGAGUUGCUGGGUUGCCAAGAGUGCAAGACGGUGAUCAGUGAGGGUGCGGACGUGCAACUGUCAGCCAGCUCCUUUAAGCCCUGGCACCGCAGCAAGUCAUGUCAGCCACGCGAUGCCUCCCUACACUCCCACAGAGCUUGGUGUGCCCGCAGGAAAGACUCUCAUCAGUGGCUUCAGUGGGACCUAGGACCACCCCAUCAAGUGACGGGAAUCAUCACCAGGGGUCGAGGGGAUACUAGACGCAAACAUUGGGUCAAAGCCUAUACCUUGACCUAUUCCAACGACUCCAAGGUCUGGUUUACCUACAAGGAUGGCAAUCACCUCGAUACUAAGGUGAGCAAGCAGGUGUUCGGAGGUAACCUGGACAAACAUACGGAGCGUCGACACUACCUCAACUCUCCCUUCAAGGCGCGAUUUGUCCGCCUUCACCCUCAACGUUGGCGUAAGACCAUCGCCCUCCGCGCCGCUCUCCUGGGGUGUCCGCAUAAGGGUGACUGUGGCGAGGGUUUCUUCAGGGUGACUCUAGAAACUAGCUGCGUGGAAAACAUCGCGUUCAAGGGCAAGACUUGGGUGAAUGAUAAGAGACAUGCGUGGUCUGGCUGGGACUACGGUCCGGCAACCUUGGCGGUGGACGGUGGGCUGAAUACGUCACUACGUUCAUGUGCCGUCAUCGACAACUACCACGUCGACGAGCCCGUGUGGAUGGUCGACUUGGGCAAGAGACGGAUGGUGAGGGGUCUUGUUAUCCUCACUUGGCAGGGACGAGGACAAGAUCAACAGACACUCUACCGUAACUAUGUGUUUGGGUUGGAUCGCCUCACUGUAUACGUGGAAAACCAGCGACGCUUAGAUGCCCCGACCUCACAGGACCACAAGAAGUGCGCCUCAGUGACCAGACUCAAUAAUGCGCUAUUCAAACAGCGCGUUCAUGUGGAGUGUCCUCAGCCAAUCAAAGGACGCUACGUGUACAUCAAGGCCGGGGGCGUGGCUAACCGCUGGCACAGGAUAUUCUCACUAGUGUUAUGUGAGGUCAUGAUCUACUAGCUGCUGCCUGAGUCUCCCCACCACCCCCGCCCCCACGCCCCCACACAUACACUCUCAGGCCCACCAACAGAAUUCGAGAAUGAAUCCCCUGUAUGUGAUAAUAAAAAUGCCCCAAGUUGCUUUUGAAGUUUGAUGAAGUCUGGACAAGAAUCGACUGCAGAAUCGUCAGGAAUAAGGAACUUGGAAGAUAGUUAUCCAUAAUGUGUGUGACCGAGGAAAGAUUUGACCGAGACCUCUUGACUUUUACCCUUUGGUUUGGGUGUAAUCUAGCUAGUAAGGCGAUGGACUAAGAUAAAGGAACAGGUUAAGAUAUUGUCAGUGCAUAUGAAAGCUCCAGAGCGGCUGCCCACGAUCCCAAGACUGGAAAAUAAACCAACACUGCAGAUUGGUUGUGUCUGCCGCCAUCAGCAGUACUGGGUAUUCCCGCCAAGGACGAUGUGUUUAUCUAAGCAACAAAUUGACCUUCAAAUGCGAUCCGCAAAGCUAUUACGACCCGGAAGUAAUAAAAUAGUCCAAAAUAUCGUGAAAGGGGGUUAAGUUUUCAUCUGAAGGCAGAGUCUCGUCAGUGUGGAGGAGACUGCUGCUCACUGAAGGCGUCUCUUGAAAACUUGUGGACUACAACACAACGGUAUACGAGUCCUUUCCGUCGCACAGACAUUUUAUGAAUGUAAUUUGACGUACCUACAGUAUAGUUUAUAUGACGAAUUACGAUUUUUUAAUUAUCUUCAUCUAAACCUGUGAUAACAGUAAACGUUGAUUCCAUCUCUAUACAGUCACUCAAAAAAAUGAUCUAUACAAAACAAUUUUGAAAAAAUAUGACCCAACAGACGAAGGAUUUUGACAUCCCUACCGAGACAACAGGAGUCACAGUGUUCAUUCUGAAAUUCAUCGAUCACCCCCAGCACAGAUAGUUUUUUGAGUUACUGUACAUGAUGUGAGUUCUCCUAAGACAUUAUUGAGAAUAAUGACAUGAUAAUUCCUUAUUCCUUAAGAUGUGACAGAAUUAAGAGAAUAAUCUAGGUUCAUAUGCUAGAAAGGAAGCGUAGCUCUCUAUAUACAUUAUUAUUAUGUUAAAAUAUAGAAUCUAUUGAAAUAUUACUUGAAAAAUGUUAAGAAUGUUUGAGGUCGAUGGAGGGAGUGUUUUGAAUAAGAGGUUUAGUGUUUUGAAGUUUCUGUCAGAUAGUGAUUGAUUUUUUUUUAAACAUUAUUUUGAUAUCUUCAGGUAUUAGCGCCACAUAAGUGUUGGUUCUGAAUACUUUCCUUCCUACUCUGGUCUUGUGAUAUAUAUAAAUGUAUCUGUUACCCGUAUUAAAAAAAAAAAGACUUUAUAGAAGAGAAAUAUUCGUGCUUCCUCGCUUCUCGUGCCAAUACACGAACUCUCGUUGUCCAGGGAUCGUUUACCUGGUGUAAGACUCAAUAUGUAUCUCACUAUGCACAACUCACGAGUCUUGUGUGAAGGGACUUGGGUGUUGACAGUGUCAGACUAACACUUUAUGACUGGAAAAUGAUGAUCCCAGUCGCAGUUGUGUGAGGACGGUGUAUGCUGCCUGUGUUGUGAAACGAGUAUAGAAUAUAGACAAUGUUAAGGAGUGUGUCGGUGCUGUGUUUAUGGAGGUGCGAGCCGAGGAACUUUAAUUUUAAUGAAGCGAUACUUCCUUGUGCGAAGCUGUGUGGUAUUAUACCCUUUAACUGGUGGUGCCCUGGACAUGUGAGUGCUUCAUCAGCUGGCUCAAGGAACACGCUAGUGAUGCUCACUAUUGCUGUUGUUGAUGAACGAAAUAAAAUCAACAAAAUCCAACGAAACUGACUAACGAUUAGGCAAGUGAAAGUGAUUCCCCUUGAGUAACGCCGCCGACCCCAUCACUAGGACACCGUGUGUACUGUUCAGUCCGCACAAUUUAGUUAUCAGGGGAUCAGUAGGACGGUCGUGUGUUGUGUUAGAUGUGUAAGCAGGAAGAAACCGAUGUUGCUUACCAUUACUCAGGUCGGUAAUGUUAUUCAUGUUGUGUUCACUCUUCAUCCCGACCCACAGUGUAAACAUGAGUUAGGAAAGCCCCCGAAGCUCCUCCUCCUCCUCUUAUACCCCAACCUCCUGCUUCUUCUUCUUUUGAUUUAUUUAGUCUUUAAACAUGAGGCUCCAUGUGUUCAUAUUUCCUUCAAUUAUUCUCACACCAAUUAUUACUCUUAGAUUAUUAUCGCUCAAAACUUGUAUUACGAAUAUGUACAGUAUAUGAACGCCUUUUUAAAUAAGUGAAUUAUUCUAUUUUGU